AUAUAUGUAUUUCGGGAAUGCGAAAACAAACUCUUGCAAUUUAUGAGAAACAAACGAGUUCACAUUAUUGUUGCUACCGGUCAGGCAUAAUUCUGUCUACGUUCAAUAUAUAACAAGACGUCCCGACUUCGUUGUUAUCAUGAGAUUAAUUCUUGUAUCAGUAGUGUAUCUUGUGGCAAGUUUGUUCGGAAAUGCUGCAUUCCAAACAGUACCACUGCCAUCAUCAGGUGGGGUCCCUUAUGGCCCAACUCCACAAGUUUUUCUGCCAACAACGCCAUAUGGAAAUACGGUACCGCAGACGGUACCAGGGAUGGCACCUGGUGGAGUAGCUUCUGCAUCAACUUUGUCAACUCCGGCGGCAGGAAUUCUUCCGUAUGGUACGCCAGUGGCUCCAGUUGUAGCAGUUGUUCCCUCACCUCCUGGUGUACCAGGUCCUGCAAUUGGAGUCAGCCCGCCUGCGUACGGACCGCAGCCUUCGGUUCCACCUAACAAAUCCUCGUCCUGGGCAAGCAACGCUUGUAAAUAUUAUGGCCUAAAAUGUGAGCCCUUGGACUCUUGCGCCCAGAAGCUGAGGCUGCCACUAUCAGGCUGCGACAACGAUUAUGUCUGCUGCAACUGGAAGAAAACCAAACACUGCUCUAAGGUUGGCGGGCAAUGCCGCAUGAAAUGCAAAGGAUAUGAAAUUCCUUACAAGUACGCCAAAUGCACGUUAAAUGUCCGAACGUGCUGUAUAAAGGUACAACAGAAGAAGUUUUAAUUUCAUUGGCACGCACCAUGCGUAUAUGGGGUUCAGCGUGGGGAAUUAAUGGAGCAAUAAAAAUAAAAGGUGGAGA